AAUUAGGUUUAGGGCCCAGUAUUCUUUUUGUUGGGUUGGGCUAAUGCAUAGCCGCGUUGAAUUUGAAAGCUCACACCGGACUGUCACUCUCUCAUCGGCGUCAUAGCCACAGCGCCGGCGGUUGAAGAAAUCGGUAAUUCGAUAAUGAGCGCGGGGUGCAAGUGAUCGGAUUUAUUGAAUCGUUUUGGCUUCUAAUCGAAAGUAAUGUCAGCGUCAGCGUCGUCGUCUUCCUCGUUUGUUAGGACAUGGAGGACGACGUUUCUGUCACUCAGGGACGAAACCUUGACGAGCACUCCUCGUCGUUCAACAAUUGGACACCUACUCCUCGUCUACUCUUCUCCAAUUCGAACUGUCUCCUCUCUGCCGCCUCCGACUCCUCACGAGAUCCAUGGAAUCUGUCAUUGUACUACUGUCGAGUUAAAUCCUUCUUCUUGGACUUUCAUACUGGAUUCUUUUGGAAAGACGCUGGAAUUCUGUAUUGGCAACAACUCUGCUAUCAGCUCUGUCAUCGAAUGCUUGAAGACUACUGUAAGUAAGCCUCAUUUCUCAAGGAGUGGUUUAAGCUGCUAUGCUGCUCAUUAGGUGAGACAAAUACGCAGUCUGAGUUUGAAAGUUCCUCAGGAAACCAAAAGAAAGCGAUGAUUUCCAAGGCAAUACAAUACGAUCACUAAUUGAGGUGUACACAGACAGAAACCGCCAUGCAGUUGCGCUUAGAUUUGAGAAGUUGGAAAACAGCAUAUAGUGAUCUUGUGUUCAAUAUGGUCUAUCUGGGUUGCAAGAGUUUGCAUUUUUGCAAUACAUUAUACCGCUGCAGACACUGGCCUUGAUUUUUUACAUCUGUGUAUGUAAAUGUACUGUAUGAAGAAACUGCAGCUUAGUUUGAGGAUCCGUAUUGCAACAGGGGUAGUUGGAGAGGAGGUCGGAGUGGUUGGAAUCCAGGCAAGAGCUGUGGGGCCAUGGAGAAUCAUUGAAAAUCAUAGUUAGCAUAGAUUCUGGAUCAGAUGAUACCGGUCCUAGCAUUUCUUAACCUUUCAAGCUCUUGGCAGUGUCCGCUCAUUACUCUGUGGUGCAAGCAUGUGAUGGAGGUUGCGAUGUCCAGAUACUACCGUUCCCAAUUGGAGCUGGCCACCACAAUUAACAAAUUGGAGCUGCACGGUUAUAAUAAACUGCAAUGGCUGGUGGAUCUCCAAAGCAUCAUCAGUUAGAAAACCAGAGGAAGCGUAUCACAUGGAUCCUGGGAGUGAGUGGCCUCUGCAUAGUGUUUUACGUAUUGGGAGCUUGGCAGGGCAGUACUGCACCCACCAAGCCAUCUGAGGUCUACAACAGAAUAGGUUGUCAGCCUGGACUGUCCACAAAUGAGGAUCAAUCCUCAUCAUCGUCAUCAUCAUCUUCGUCGUUGCCGGUUGAAUUGGACUUUGAAAGCCAUCAUAGGGUGGAGAUUAACAGAACCAGUGAAGCACAGAAGUUCCCACCAUGUGAUAUACAAUAUAGUGAAUACACUCCUUGCCAAGAUCCAAUUAGAGGGAGGAAAUUUGAUCGAAACAUGUUGAAAUACAGAGAAAGGCAUUGCCCCAAAAAGGAGGAGCUCCUUCUCUGCUUGAUUCCUGCACCACCAAAGUAUAAGACCCCUUUCAAAUGGCCUCAGAGCCGUGACUAUGCUUGGUAUGACAAUAUUCCCCACAAGGAGCUUAGCAUUGAAAAAGCUGUUCAGAAUUGGAUUCAAGUGGAAGGUGACCGAUUCAGAUUCCCUGGAGGAGGCACAAUGUUCCCUCGUGGAGCUGAUGCUUACAUUGAUGACAUUAACAAGCUAAUCCCUCUUACAGACGGAAGCAUCAGAACUGCAAUUGACACAGGCUGUGGUGUUGCAAGUUGGGGUGCAUACCUGUUGAAGAGAAACAUUGUAGCGAUGUCCUUUGCACCAAGGGAUACCCAUGAAGCACAGGUCCAAUUUGCAUUGGAGAGGGGAGUCCCUGCCAUGAUUGGCAUCAUGGCUUCACAGAGAAUUCCCUAUCCUGCAAGGGCUUUCGACAUGGCUCAUUGUUCCCGUUGCCUAAUACCUUGGCAUAAGUAUGAAGGUAUGUAUCUAAUUGAAGUGGACAGAGUUUUGAGGCCUGGAGGCUACUGGAUACUCUCCGGACCUCCUAUUCGCUGGAAGAAAUACUGGAGAGGCUGGGAAAGAACACAAGAAGAUUUGAAAGAAGAGCAGGAUGCCAUUGAAAAUGUCGCGAAAAGCCUGUGCUGGAAGAAAUUAAUUGAGAAGGAUGACCUUUCAAUUUGGCAAAAGCCCAUCAACCACAUUCAGUGCAUUAAGAGCAGGAAGGUCUACAAAACACCUCACAUUUGCAAAUCUGAUAAUCCAGAUGCAGCUUGGUACAGAGACAUGGAAACUUGCAUAACACCAUUGCCAGAGGUAAGCAGUGAAGAGGAAGUUGCUGGUGGUUCAGUGGAGAAAUGGCCGGAACGUGCAUUUGCAGUGCCUCCAAGGAUUAGCAGUGGCUCAAUUCCAGGCAUUACUGAUGAGAAAUUCCAGGAGGAUAACCAAGUGUGGAAGGAGAGGGUGUCACAUUACAAGCGGAUUAUUAGUCCCUUAACCCAAGGUCGAUACAGGAAUGUGAUGGACAUGAAUGCUCACCUUGGCGGAUUCGCUGCAACCCUUACAAAAUAUCCUGUGUGGGUUAUGAAUGUAGUCCCUGCCAAAUCAGAAAAAGAUACAUUAGGCAUAAUCUACGAAAGAGGGUUCAUUGGUACGUAUCAGGAUUGGUGUGAGGCCUUCUCCACGUAUCCAAGAACCUAUGAUCUCAUCCAUGCCGGCAAUGUAUUCAGUAUAUAUCAGGACAGGUGCGAUAUCACCUAUAUUUUGCUGGAGAUGGAUAGAAUCCUGAGGCCAGAAGGGACAGUUGUGUUCAGAGAUACAGUAGAGAUCCUUGUGAAGAUCAAGAGUAUAACAGAUGGUAUGAGAUGGAAGAGUCAAAUUAUGGACCAUGAAAGUGGACCUUUUAAUCCAGAGAAAAUUCUUGUUGCUGUCAAAACCUAUUGGACUGCUCAACCUCAAAAAUCACAAGAACAACAGUAGUAGAUAUGACAGGAUCUUUCUCUACUUUCCUUCCCUUGAUUUUUUUUCCCAUUCUUGCAUGAUCAUUUAAAACUGCCUGUGUUGUGGAAUUACUAUGUUCACUAAGAAUUUUGAUCCAAGGAUACUUUUCCUACUAGAUGGGAAGAGGAUAGGUUUACUAAUUAAGUCAUGUAUUCUUUUAAGAUACUGAAAUGGAAAGUUAAGAAUUUCC